UCGGCGUGUAUCUGGAAGCGGUGUGUGGCAUAUCGAGGUGCUGUUUUCACACAGAAUAUACACGAUAAAACAGUGAAAUUUACCAAUAAUUGCGUUAACAAGUGAUUUUGGAUGUAUAUGUAUGAGUCACAACAAUGUAUUUUGGAUUACCUAUCGGAUAGAAUGGAUAUCCUGUGUUAAAUUCACGAAAGUGUACCGGUUACCGCUCAAUAUUUAGUUCGAAGGUCAUAACUCGCCGGUUUAUGGGUAGCAGCAUAUAAAAUACACACAUUUACCCUGUUUAGUUACUCGGAUUAUGAAUUUAUAGUGAUUUUUUUUUGUCAGUGUUUAUGAACGACAGGAUGUAUCCUAACAGACACCCGUCGCAACACCAGCCAGGUCAGCCUUUUAAGUUUACAGUGGCCGAGUCAUGUGACAGGAUCAAAGAAGAAUUCAGCUUUCUACAAGCUCAGUACCACAGUCUCAAGAUGGAGUGUGAGAAACUUGCUCAGGAGAAAACAGAAAUGCAGAGACACUAUGUCAUGUAUUACGAGAUGUCAUAUGGACUCAAUGUGGAAAUGCAUAAACAGACAGAGAUUGCCAAGCGGUUGAAUGCAAUAUGUGCUCAAGUGAUUCCGUUCCUCUCACAAGAACACCAACAGCAGGUAGCUGCGGCGGUGGAACGAGCGAAACAGGUGACCAUGACAGAACUCAAUGCCAUAAUAGGGCAACAGAUGCAGGCCCAGCAUCUUCCCCAUGCCCAUGCCCCACCCAUCCCAAUGGGACCCCACCCUGCCGGGUUACAGCCACCAGGUCUCCCUGUCUCCAGCGCUGGAAUGGGACUCCUUGCUCUAGGGCCCGGGUAUGCUGCACAGCACGUCAGUUCACUGAAGGAAGACAAAGGUUCCCCCACUGCUGGCCUUCGUCGACCCAUGUACCCCUGGCACGAAGGUGACGACAAACAUCGUUCAUCAGCAUCUCCAGCGGAGCGUGACAAGUACCGACCCCGUUCUCACACUCCGCCCGAUAUUUCUGGCGAACCAUCAAAGAAACGACGGGCAGACGAUAAAGGAGCAGUAAGUAUCGAUGAGGACAGUGAUGCAGAGAAGAGUGACUCGGAACUGGUUGUGGACGUGGGAAAGGAAGGGGAGCCAACAUCACUAAAUGGCGACCUGUCUCCAAAGUUAAAGCCGAUGGAGAAUCACAAGAAAGAAGAUCGGGACCGAGAUCGAGCAUCGCCACGUAGUGACACAUCAUCUACAUCCACCAAACAUAACAAAGAGAGUGAAAAGGCGGCCACCCCUGUACCCAAAUCGUCAACACCUACCAGCUCGGGUAGUACAACCCCUGGGCCCUCAACUGGCCCAGUGAAGCCAGGAGCCCUCAUUAAACCCCCACAAAUUGCAGGCUAUCCAUUCAUGCCUUCAUCCGGUCACGGCAUGACGGCCGCUGACCUGAGCCCUGCCGCCUACUCCGGGGCUGCCUCCAUUAACAACAUUUCGCCCGGCCUCAAUAGUUACCCCCGGGGACCCAUGGUAGGCGAAUCACAUGAUUUCCCCCAUAGUGCUCGUCCUGCUAUAAAUGGAAACAUUCCAGGGGGAAAACCAGCAUACUCAUUCCACGUCAGCGCUGAUGGACAGAUGCAGCCUGUUCCUUUCCCGCCAGACGCGCUUAUAGGUCCAGGAAUUCCUCGCCAUGCGCGACAGAUCAACACGCUAAACCAUGGGGAGGUCGUAUGCGCCGUCACUAUUAGCAACCCAACCCGGCAUGUUUACACAGGAGGAAAGGGCUGUGUAAAAGUUUGGGACAUUAGCCAACCAGGAAACAAGAAUCCUAUCUCACAACUAGACUGUCUGCAACGUGACAACUAUAUCCGGUCAAUCAAGCUUCUCCAGGAUGGGCGAACACUUGUGGUGGGAGGGGAGGCCAGCACACUGUCAAUAUGGGACCUUGCAGCGCCAACUCCAAGAAUCAAGGCAGAGCUGACGUCGAGCGCCCCUGCAUGCUACGCCCUUGCAAUCAGCCCAGAUUCCAAGGUGUGUUUUAGUUGCUGUAGUGACGGGAACAUUGCUGUGUGGGACCUGCACAACCAAACACUAGUCAGGCAGUUCCAAGGCCACACAGACGGUGCCAGCUGUAUUGAUAUAUCACCAGAUGGGACAAAGUUGUGGACGGGCGGCUUGGACAACACUGUACGCUCGUGGGAUCUCAGAGAGGGUAGACAACUGCAGCAGCAUGACUUCAGUUCCCAGAUAUUCUCCCUUGGUUACUGUCCCACAGGGGAGUGGCUCGCUGUAGGUAUGGAGAGCAGUAAUGUUGAGGUGUUACACCAUACAAAGCCAGACAAGUACCAACUACACCUGCACGAGAGCUGCGUUUUGUCCCUCAAGUUUGCCUACUGCGGCAAGUGGUUCGUCAGUACGGGUAAAGACAACUUGCUGAACGCCUGGAGAACUCCAUAUGGCGCCAGCAUUUUCCAGUCAAAGGAGUCGUCCUCAGUUCUGAGUUGUGACAUUUCUACGGAUGAUAAAUACAUAGUAACAGGAUCGGGGGACAAAAAGGCAACCCUGUAUGAAGUUAUAUUUUGAUGGCAGUGUUGACAAGAACUUUUGUCAAAAGACAUUUUGGUAAACUUAGUGCUACGUCUGUACAUAAAGUAAUAUCAGAUACAGUGGUGUCAUUGCCUACGGAAGAUUAAUCCAUAUAAGAAGCUGUAACUUUUCCGAGUUCGCUGUAUUUGGUUCCUAUUUGUGUGUACAUAAGUGUUGAAGUAUUUGACCAAUCGCGCCAGAGAUCAAGGUAGCCAGUCACCUGUGUUGAUAUUUCUUCGAAACAUCACUUGGUGUGUCAUUGUUGUUAGAUGACAGCAUAUCCAUUGAAGGCAAGGAACAUUCUAGAAAUUCCAGGAUUUACCAGUGUUCGUUGCAUUUAGAAAAUACAUCAUUGUACUGUAAACAGUGUUUUGAGCAGCUACUGAAGUCCUCUGAACAUUUAUACCUGGAGUAUGGGCAUUCUAUCGCAGACAUUUUAUCAGAAUCAUGUUGGUGAAAUAGGCUUCUACUUGUCUUGACAAUAAAUUUCAACAUAAAGUGAAUUCUACUGAAACUAGUAGCAACAGUUGCAUAAUUUUUGUUUGGAUCAAUCCAUGGUAUAAUACUUAUUUGCCUGAAAUUUUUUGUUAAUAAUAAAAUAAACUGCUAGAAAAACAUGAAAAAUAGACAAAAAAUAGGUUUGCAAUAAACUAAUAGUUAAAAUAAUCUAUGUUAGAUUAUGAUAAAGGGGGAUUUAAUAAUACAAGGAAGAUUCAUUGUAUGACAUUUUGACUUUUAAAGUUUUUAUUCAGUGUUGUAUCAACUGUGACUGUGUUAAUAUUGUAAACCAAGUCAGAUUGAUUUAUACGCUUCAAUGGUUACUGGAGAUUGAAAAUAUGAUAAUGAAUAGACAGUUUACAUCCAAUGGGGCUGAAUAAAAGGAACAAUUGCUGGUGUUGAAUAAGAUUUACUUGACAUAUAGGUAGUAAAUUGCGUGUACAGAUAAUCUGACUGUUGUUGCCAAACCAGACCGGUACGGUAUUCUUGUGCUGAUUGUAUAAAUUAGAAUAGAACGCUGUUGAGUUUUCAUGUACUUGUUUGUUAUUGAACAAACCUUUAUUUGUUUCAUCGCUGCCACGUUUAUAGACGUAAUACAGGUUCACCUUGUCAUACUCUUAUACUGACGUUAUUCUGCAUUUAAUUAGUACGCCAAUGAAUGCAUGUUUAUGUCAGAACACCAUCCUUCUACAAGUUGUGUGAUGCAUAAUCUUGUUCAUAUCAUCUUACAAAAUCUUCUUCCAUUCAUUUACCUGUUCAUGUUAAACAUGUCAUUUUAAAUAUAGGUUCAUGAGAAUAAUUAGUACGCCAUAACCCACACUGUACCUCAUUUACGUGAUGGUCACAUGAUGGGCAUGUGUGUACCUAUGGUCACAUGAUGGUCACAUGAUGGGCAUGAGAUGUGAUCAUGUGAUCAACAUGCCUCUCAAAGCCCUUUGUAGUGUUCCAAGUUGUUGUAUACAAUACAAGAAGCUUAUUUUUCAUUGAUAAAUUUCUUUAUGUCGUUUCACUGGGUAUUUUCGUUCUUUUUUUUUUUAUACAUUCUUGUGUGUCUGUAUGUGUGUUCAAAUGAAUGUUUAUGUGUUGUUACUUAUUAUGUCAGAUAUUGGUAAUGAUAUGAAAUGAAUAGCUUACUUUUCAAACUUGUCGAAAUAUGAAACAUAAGAUUUCUAUUUACGAGUUUCAUAUAUCAUAAUAGAGUUGAAUGUAUAGUAUUAAGUUUUGUGCUUUUGAGAAAUGACAAAUUGAAAUCCAAAUGAGAGCUUGUGAAUGUUGAAUUGAAUUUGAAUAUGUCACUAGAUCCAAUUCACGCAAGUGCAAGCAUUUUCAUUCAGAUUUGGGCAAUAAAUUAAAGCCCCAGUUUUAUCAAAUUUUGUUUCUGACAUAGCUGUUAUUUUUUUAAAUAUUCACCAUUUAACUCCUCAAUGAAAAUAUCGGAUUUCAAAAAAACGCUUUCAUGAUUGUUGAAAUGAACAAAAAAGCCAUUUCAUGAUACAAGUUGUGCAAUGUUUCACUCAUUAUAAAAACAAGUCUUUAACAUUUAAGUUGUAUGUUAGGAUUAUAACUUAAAACAUCAAGUAUUUUCAUAAACUGAAUGUACAUACUAUCAUUGGCAUAACUUUACCCCAGGUGCAAUUUUUCAAGCAUUUACUGAAUGUUUUCCUAUUGUAUAAUGUGGCACAUUAUUAUUUUGUUGAGUCUGUUAGUAGUCAAGUAACUAAAUCCAUGUUUGCAUGUGAUGUUAUGUUUUGGGGACUGAAAGCGAAAAGAUUGUAAUUGCAGCUUUAUUUAAUGUCACUUAAUACCUUCUCGGUUUCAGGUCUCGGUGUGUUUAUUUGCCCACAAAAAGUGUAACUUUGUUUUUAAGAUCAUUCUCAAUGAGGGUGUGAUUAGUUUUGACCUAUAACAAAAAAGAGCGAAAAAACGUUAUAUUGAAUUUAUAAUAUAAAGAAAGAACUGAAGUAGGUAAAUGGUCCAUCUUAUCAAAGAGCGUACAUUAUAAUAUAAUGUCAAUUCAGAUGACUACAAAGUCAGUAUCAGAAAUCAAAUUAGGAUUUUAACUUGAAUACUUCAAAUGCAUCAGGUUUAACUAUUUGUUUCAAAGUCUCCUUGCGACCAAUAACAAACAGGUGUAAAACAUGAAUGUGUAAUACUUUCGCUGAUAAGAUGCCCCCAAAGAUUUUUAAAGACGAUAAGAUUGUUAAUGAGGUUUACCUACCUUCCACACAAAAUCAGUCAUUCCUCCAUUGAUUGGAUUAUUUUGAUUAACAUACUAAAGAUUAAAUUUUGUAUUUGUUACUUUUUUCAAUUCUAGUAAUAAAUGAUUGAAUGGAAUUCUUUUUCAAGUAUUUCCUGUUAAUCACACUUUUAAUUAAGUUAAUUUAUCUUUUUCAUCAUCACAGAGAGUGGUGGAAAUUGAACACAGGUGAGAACUGUAUUGUUAUCAACUAGGUCCCCCACAUUACAAUUGUUAGAUUUGUGUACAAGAUUGUAGUUUAUUUGGAUAAAAUGCCAAUAAAAUGUAUGUUUUAAA